AUAAUCUCAGGAUGAUAUUGAUAACAUGGCGUUAUAUGGUGGUUGUCAUGUGAUCAUGCUUUAUGGACGGACUAUUCAACAAAUUCUUAUCCGUUCUCAGAGAAGCUACAGAUGAUAACAAGACAGAUGAAACCGGAUCAGAGUCAGAUACACUGAAAGAGACAGAACAUGAGAUAAAUGAAGGGAAUGUUGGAGAUAGGGUGGAUGAAGGAGACACGGUAAGGGAGACAGGCGUAAACAAGCUGGAAACUAAUAAUGGAGACUGCCUAACCAGCAAUGGAGUAUCAGAGCUGGAGGACACCAGACUGCCUACUGAUCACCUCCUCCACAAUACAACCAGCCCCCUCACAAACGUGUCCUCGGAAACUGAGUCUUUUAAAUCUGAAUCCCUUGAACUUGAAUCAACUGAAAGUAGCAGUACCGAUACCGAUCUACUAGAGAAUCCAGGACACUCGUUGGAGGAGGAGGAGGAAAAAUAUUGCAUUGUUACACUGGAUAAAGAAAGGCGGGAGCAGUAUGUAGAUGUGGUGCCGAUAGAAGGACUGCCCUUGCCGGUGCUAGGUGACCGUCUAGUUCCCGAGUAUACCCCCUCACUGCAGCACAGUCCUAGUCAUGGUGUAUUGCAGUUACAGAGAGACAUAUCCACCAGUCCCUCUCUCUUUGACAGAUCUAUUGAGUUUCUUAAGAGGGAGUUUGACAGUCUACGAUUCAGCCUAGGUACCAGACCACUGUUAACUCACACAGAAUGGUUCAACUUGUUCAACUCAGACGGUCAAAUGUUGGACGCUCAACAGUUCUAUAACUACUUGCUGGAAUAUGAUUGGCCAACAGAGUUGCUGCAGGAAGGUUGGAAAUACUUGUUUGAGUUCUACGAGACAUUCUCUAAUCACAACGAAAGAGUACUGAUGGAUAAGAAUAAGGAAAACGAGCUCAAUAACUUGUUCAAUACUUGGUCAGAAAUACUGCAACUGAACGAUGAAGACGAUAAUGUUGAUAAAGCGAGGGUACAAAAGCUGAUUUACCUUAUUAACAAGGAUGUUCCUAGAACAGAUCGGGAUCAUCCAUUUUACAUCUCUAGUCCUGAAAACUCAGAUGUGUUGAGGGACCUUCUUGUGACCUUCUGUUUCACCAACCCAGAUAUAGGGUACGUGCAGGGCAUGAACGAGGUGCUGAGCAUGUUUCUAGUGACGGUAGACGACAAGGUGGCUGCUUAUUGGGGCUUCUCUAACUACGUCCUCAGGAACAAGCUCUUCUUUAACUCGACCGGGCUCAUGGCCAAACUCAAUGGAGUAGCUGAACUUCUUAAUAUCCACGAUCCGGAAUUGUACAAUAAACUGAAGUUCCUAGACUGCUCUAACAUGCUCUUCUGUCAAAGGUGGAUUCUCCUCGCAUUUAAGAGGGAAAGCAAAACAUUUGAUAUGGCGACGAAGAUAUUCACAACCAUCAACUCCCUUAAACCGACCCAUUACAUACAGUUGCAAGGACUGGGUAAGUGUGAGCUGCUCUCGCUGGACAUGUUCCUGGUAAUAGCUAUCCUAGUUUCCUCUCGCUCUACUCUCCUCUCCUUCACCGACCAGACUGAUGUGUACCAGUGGACAGGCAAACUCAAGUUGUCUGAUAUGUCAGCUAUCUGCCAUGCUCGCCAGAUGUACGAGGAAUGGGCGAGCCGCACCUGGUAAACGAUCCUUUAAAUCCUGAGAAUAAUAAACCUGACAAAUAGUAUUUAUAAUCUGACAGGUGAACCUUUAAUUCUGCCUCAGUGGGCUCUUCUCAAAUUAAUAGGGAAGUCUUUAUAAUUAUAGCAUAGGUAAAGAAUAGUUUUUAAAUAGAUUUUAUACAACUUUUCAUAGCUAAGGAUUAUUUUGGACAAGACGUGUAAAUGUUAUUACUUGAACCCUUGAACGGUAUUGAACGGUAUUCAGUCGAAUAGGCAAAAAUGAAAAAUGUACCAAUUAAUCAUUAACAUUAUCGUUUUUAAUUAAAAUUAAAUAUUAAAAUUAAAUAACAUCAAUAAGGUUCUUAGAAACCUUACCACAGUAUGCCCAUUGUACAUCCCGGUUUAUUUAAAAGGGCUCCAUAGUUCAAUGUGACCAUGUUUAUUGUAUGUAAUGAGCUGAUUUAAUGUUUCAGAGUUACUAUUUUCUUUACAAUUUGAGCAGAAUGUUCGGAAAUCGUUGUGGUUCUGGGCUGGCCCCUUUUUUGUGUGUUUUAUGAUUUGAAAUUUGAAUGAUCAUAGCUACCCCAGAUUGUGUAUUUGUUGAUUUUGACGAAUUCUCUUUUAAUUUUGAUUUGAAAUGGGCAUGUGAUUUAUAUAUAAUGAUAUAUGUAGAUAUUUCUUAUUACUGUGAUUACUAACUGCACGUUAAAAAAGAAAAGAAACUUUUUGAACUUUGUAUGUUAUCGCUAUGAAAAUCCACAUUCUUGAUUUGCAAUCUAAAACUUUUGAAUUGAUAAUAAGUGUUUUACUAUGCUAUGAAGUGACAAUUUCCUUCAUACUAGUUAAUAUGAAAU